ACAUCCACUCUCUAUCCUAUGUGAUUCGUUCACAUCUUUUUAUUUUAGAUAACGGUUUCAUACUAUAAUGAUACAGGAAGAAAAAAUUUAAAAUAAUUUCAAGGCUAAAAUUGAUCAUCACUUUAUCAGUCUACUGUAAUUCCCAUUUAUGAACUCCAGGUAAUCAGUAUGAUUGGUAAGUUUUAGCGUUUGGUUAUAAUUCAGGCAAUACUAUUAUUAUCAGUAGUAGUAUUAGUAUAGCCACAAUGUCUUCAUUUGCUCAUUCAUUUCUACUGGCAGUCCAAUCAAAUUGAGAGACUUGUUGAUAUUUCCUUUAGUUACCCAAAUAACCCAUACACAUACGUAUACACCACUUAAAUACAUACACCCUCCUUCUGAAAUAAAUUUCCACCCUACAUUUUCUGAAGAGAGGAUCAGCUAGGGACAGACUAUCAUUCUUUCAGUAGAAUAAAUAUUUCCAAAAAUAACAGUAAACACUCCCAACUGAAAAAGGGGAUUAAGUGCCAGUUAGCAAGUGAGUGAAUGUUAAAAGAAAGCCCCUUGUUACUUAAAUUUUCAAUUCCACUUAUUUUUAUAACGUGUAUGCUCUUUCAGGACACAUAUUAUCAUCAAUCACUUUAACGAAACAGCAGUUUAAACCUGUCAUAAACAUUUAUAUGAUUUCGCAUUCAUUUCUUUUUUGCUCUGAAAAGAAAUCAGUUUUCCCUAUGUGCACCCUAACACACAAGCUUGCAAUGUAUGCAUAGACAGCCGACACGCACAUACACACAUGCAUACAUUCAAAUCUGGUUAGUUGGUAUUUUUCACUAUAAUACUGAUUAUUUUCUAAUUCUGUUCAGUAUACUCGUCAAAAAGUGAACUGGCUGGCAUUUCAUCAUCCUCAUCAUGAGAAUUCUUGUGGAUUAUUGUUAAGUGACUAACUGACAAUAAUAUGUAUGCUCGUUAUCGAUUUUUCGCCAUGGCUUUUGCCUGUCUCUCUCUCUCUCGCUCCACCCAACUUGCUCUAUUUCUCACUCUAGAGAAUUCUUGACACUGUAGUUACUAUUGCGUUUCGAUUAUUUUAACAUUAUUUGUCUGUAGAAUUUGCUGAAAAUUUACCAAUUUUCGCUGGAUUAUUGUGUUCAAUUUGAUAUUGCUUUUGUUUUACUCUUGAUCAACAGAUAAUUCAAACUUUUAUUUAUUUUAAAAGAGAAGAAAUAUAUCUAAAAAUUCAAAUAAAGGAUAUAAGAUGUAUAUCUAAAGUAUUAUGUGUAUUUAUUCAUUCUACCUGGAUUUUGACAUACUACACAGUCGAUUCACCAGUCAAUUAAUCAUCAAAACUCACUGUACUUCAAAUGAGGAUCAUACUAUCCAUGUCCAUAGACUUUUUCCUUAGAAAAGAAGUAUUCAUUUGUAUUCUGAAAUAAAACCACAUCAAACAGAAAUUAAAUUAUCAAUUUUUACUCAUGAAAUUUAUAAUUAAGAAGGACUAUGAUGAACUGCUGAUGCCAUUUGGAAUACCGACUUCCUCCUAAUUGUUCUGCAGAAGAAUCGAAAUAUUGAACAGAAAAAUAGAAAGUCACCUUCUGCUGUUUGUCACACACGAUAAAUACACAUAUACACAAACACACUCGCUCUUACCCAACUGAAAAUCAUGAAUAGUGAGGUCUGUGGAGCAGAAACAUUAUUGGGUUUGUUUAGUCCCCCAACGGCUGGUCAACUAUUACCGAAUCUACUGUUACCAUCAUCCUCAGAGUCAGACUCGCCACUCAGUGUGCACAAAUUUUCAUUCAACUCAAACUCAACAACAGCAUUUUCCAAUAUAAACAGAAAUAGCAACACUUCACAGUCUUUACAACUACCACAAAAUCACUAUGAUAGUCAACAGUAUUUCGCCUUCAGAAACUCAUUAAACAAUCCAAUGAUAAUGACGUCAACGAUAGUUUCGACCACGGAAACAACAGCGACAAACAGUGUAACACCUGUAUCAAAUUCACUGUCACAAUGUUCCAGAAUUUUUAAUUCACGUACACUCUCUGGUGGUGGCAGUAGUAGUGGUUGCCCCAGUGGAAACAACAUCAGUAAUAAUAAUGUGGAUGACAGUGCGAUUGAUAUAAAACAGAAUAUUGAAAAGAUUAAAAGUCAUCCGUUAUUCCCGCUACUUGCGUUAAUUUUUGAAAAGUGUGAACUUGCAACAUGUACCCCAAGAGAUGAGAAUUCCAACAGUUCCGGUGAUGUCUGUUCCUCUGAUUCAUUUCAAGAAGAUAUAAGUGUAUUCACAAAAGAAAUGGCUUCUUCAAAUCGACCAAUGUUUACAUCGGAACAAGAAUUGAACUUAUUAAUUAUUCAAGCCAUUCAUGUGCUUCGAUUUCAUUUACUGGAAAUUGAGAAGGUACAUGAGUUGUGCGACAGCUUUUGUGCACGCUAUAUCACAUGUUUAAAAGGCAAAAUGCCACUGGAUUUAGUGUGUGAAGAUAGAGAAUCAGGUGCUGGUUCAACAGGUUCAGCGGCAAGUCCAUUUUUAAAUCGUUCAUCUACACCAAAUUUAUUUAAUGAUGCAGUUGAUUCUUUAAGUGGACUACAAAAUCCAUCCACUUUAUACAGUCAUAGCAAUAAUUCCAUGUAUAGUGGAUCCAUACUGUUUUCACCCAAUUCCCACCAUUCAUCUGGUUCCCUUCCAGCUCCCCCAUGUACAAUUUCUCUGCCUUAUACACAAGAAGCCUGUUUAUUCACUUCUGAAUCAAUGGGUUUGAUUAGAUCGCCUAACCACUCAAGCUGCAGUAUUAAUAACACUAGCAAUGCUUGUCAAUCCUAUGUGUCCACUGUAGAAAAUUUCAAAACUAUUCUGUCUAAUGAAUACGAACAUAGUCAAAUAUCAACUGUAAAUAACAGCACUAUUAAUGUGGAGUCUUCAAAACUGAAUACAGUUCCAAAUGGAUCAAUGUCGUCAUCGUCUACAUCUUCUAUGGAUUCAAAUUCACCUAACACGCAAAUGUCAUCAGGGAAUUGUAACCAGACGACAAACAGUGGAGUAUCUGCAGUCACGGCGGUCGCAGUUGCAGCUGUGGCAGCAGCAGCGGCUGCUGCAGUUGGAGUUCCUACUGUAAAAAAUUCAGUGGAAAGUAUUUCAUCUGACUCGUGUCCUGAUUCACAAGUUAAUUCACACUCGAAUACUUCUCAGUUUUAUAUGAAUCAGUCUCAUUUUUAUAAUAUGAAUUCUCAUAGUGGAAAUGGUGAAUCAGUAUCAGCAAGUAUGUUAGCAUCGACUGUAACCGAUACUAUUAACAGCACUACACCUGUAAAUAGUACGGUAAACGAAGAUGAUAUUGACAGUACUGAAAUUGCAACUACUGAAGACUGUGAUAAGCCUGUACAUUUGCAUACCAAUGCAGCUGAUAAUUUUCCGCAAUCACUAUAUGGUAAUUCUUAUUAUAAUCAAUAUUUUUCACAGUAUAUACGCGAUAAUAUUCCGUUGAAUACUGUCCUACCAAAUAUGAAUGAUCGCUCAAACUAUUCAGAAUCCCUUCAUAAUAUUAGCAGCAGCACUAACAACAACUGUAUUCAAACAAAUCGAGACUAUGAAUACCCUAGUUCUUAUGGAUUUUAUUCAAACUUUUUUCUAAAUUCAAAUAAUAUUAAUUCAAAUGAUCCUGCUGGGGGUUGUUCACUGCCGUUGACAAAAAUGAAUUCAUCUAGUUCAUCACCAUACCAUUAUCACCAUCAUCAACAAAGUCAACAUCAUUCCUCCUCUCACCAGUCACAUCAACUUCAACAUCACCAACAGCGUCAUGGUUACCAUACAUCACUGAAUGAACAAUUAUCUGACAUAAUGCGUAAAGACAGUUGCAAUUACAAAAAUUCAGUACAUUCACCUCAGUCAAUGCCUACAUGUUCAUCGGUAACAAUGAAUUCUAUAACACGAUCUCCAGAUUUUAAUGAUCCGUAUAUAGAUGCAGGAGAUAUGUCGCAUUCUCAAGCAAAAGAUUCAAGUCAUAUAAAUCGUCUACAUCAUGAGUCAAAUCAACAACAACACCAUAAUCCACAUACAGUGCAGCAUACAAACUCUCAUUAUCCAUUGAAUUCACAAACCUCUACACUUUCCGUGACAUCAUCGUCAUCCCCAUCAUCAUUACAACAUCAUUACAACAUUCACCAUUCACAAAAUCCGCAUACAAACAACUUACAUCCUUCGUUACUGCAUAACUCACAACAUUUAGGACAUCGUGCACCAUGUCUACCGUCUAGACCAACAUCAAGAAUUAGGCAUACUAAAAGCUCAUCAAUAAAUGGUUCAAUUCGUAGUGACGGUUCAAUUAAUGACGAUUUACAAACAGAGAGAAUUGGUUUUAAAUCAAAUGAACUGGGAGCAGAAGAAACUGGAUCGCAAAAAGAUGUUUUGGAGGAAUUAGAAUCUGAGACCAGAGGUGAUUUGAAGAGACAGAAAAAACGUGGAAUAUUUCCAAAAGUGGCCACAAACAUUAUGAGAGCAUGGCUUUUCCAACAUUUAACACAUCCGUAUCCGUCUGAAGAACAGAAAAAGCAACUGGCUCAAGACACCGGUUUAACUAUCUUACAAGUAAACAACUGGUUCAUUAAUGCUCGUCGGAGAAUCGUACAACCUAUGAUUGACCAAUCUAACAGAGCAGGUCCUCAUGGCUAUUCAACCACAGAAAGUGUACCACCAUGUAUGGAUUAUAUUGAAGGUGCUCCCCCCUAUUCGGCAUAUACCAGGGCAGCUCAAGCCGCAGCAGCUGCAGUCGCCGGAUUUUCAAAUCAUCACGCUUCGAAUGACGUCUACUUAGCGGCGGCCGCUGCUGCUGCUGCAGCUUCAGUUGGUUUUAGUAAUGGUGUUGUUACAAGUAGUGCAUCAAGUCGAGAUAAUUUAAGUCGUUUUCCAAACGGUAGCCAUGGUAACCAAUGUGUUGGGGGAAUUCAGUCUAAAGCUAAUGCACUGGAUUCGUUAGUAAUGCCGACAGAUUACACACUUUCAGAUCGUGUUAACAAUGUAAAUAGCUAUUUGCCUCAUCACUUAUAUUCAGACGAUAUGAAUGAACUGCCUACAAAUUUAUCAUCCUCUUUGUCAACAACCUGUAAUAUGUUUAUAAAUAAUCCGUUUAUUAGUUCUGGUGCAGACUGCACAUCAUUGAAUAGUGCAUAUAAUAACAGUAAUACUAAUCAUCAUAAUGAUAACAACAAUCAUAUUGGUUAUUCUAAUGAAGUGCCAUACUAUCAUUCAUUCGACACACCAAACGGAUACCCAUUAAACCAUCUUUCAUAUAAUAAUUAUAAUUCAAACAAUCUACCCAUCACAAAUCAUUUUGAUACAAUUUCAACACUACCAAGUAAUUACAGUGCUAGUUUAAUAGCAUCUCAUACUACUACGCAAGCCUUGUCAACAACAUAUUCGCCAAGAAGUUAUUGUUUAAGUGAUACAGACGGUAACUGUGGUGGUAUACUCAACUCAGAAGAUCCUUUAGCUCCUACUAUUAUUAACACUAUCAGUAAUAACUCAGUAAUUUACAAAACUACCAUACCAGAUGAUUCUGUUGGGGGAAUAAAUGCGGUAACAACUAUGUCACCACCGAUAGUAACUUGUCGAGGUGAUGAUGAUGCGACAGAAACCGAAGGGAUUAAUAUGAAGUCAACUUGUUGAGAUGGGAUCAGUUCGGUAAAGUGAUUGACAGAAGAUAUUAGUUGUCAUUCACAUUUGAAGUAUUUCAGGGAGUGGUUUUCUUCGCUCCUUCAAAAGUGUAAAUUGUUGAACAUUUUUUUCUUCUUGUUUUCCUUUUCUAAACUUGCAUUCAUCAGUUUGAGGAAGAAAGAGAAUGAAACCAGACAUUAGGUUGAUACACUAUUUCCGGUGUUUGAAUGAAUUAGGGAUAAAAUAACAGUUUAAGGUAAAUCCAUGUGUCCCGUCUACACGAAAGAAAAUGUACACCUGAAUGUACUUCAAAUGGAUUAUUAAUGAUUGAAUACUUGAAAUCUACUCUCUUACAGUCCAUUCAUGCUCACACAGGGUCUUAUUGAUAAUGUUUCUUUUAUGGACUAAUAAGAAUUCAUUGUUUAUUGUUUAUGAAAUAUUUAGUUUUACAGGUGUGUUCACUUCAUCUGUAUUCACUUUUUAUUCUAAGAUCUAAUCAGAGGAAUGAUUAAUAAUAUAGACAAUUAUCCCUUUCAGUUAAUCUUCUAUAGACAAUUACUCUGAUUUUCAAAAGUGUACACUUGACUUGACAGUGCACUAUAAAGAAAUGUAUUCAUUUUCUUUCAGUGUGCAAGUUACACAGAAAAACGUUUGGUAGAUAUAUGCCCAUAUGCACACACUAAUAUUCAUGCGUACAAAGCAUAUAUAUUCAAUACAGGGUAUCAGUUUCCUUUUUUCUGAAUUAUUUUUUCUUUAUAUAUAUGUGAAUAUGCCGAUGUGUAUACAUGAUCUUGGGGGAUAUUUUGUUGAUUCUUGAUUUCUUUAGUUGUUUACUUCUUCAUUCUCUUUUCGAAUUCUCUUCUAAAAAAUUUAAUAAUGUUAAAUAAAAAUGACAGCAAAAUAUAUAAAACUGUAUUAAUGAUAAUUAUAAUAUAAUGAUAUUAUUGUAAUUUUUUGACAAGGAUAAAAUAACAAUAAAAUUAAAUAACUCAAAGUACUG